UUUGAGUGAACCCAAUCAGGAAAUAAACUUUCGAGCUGACAGGGUCGUAACUCCGCACAGGGAGGCUAAAGUGGCACAAUGUGGGUUAUUGUGCUUAUUAGUUGUGUAGCUUUAAUCACAGUUAUAUUGAAAUAUGUCUUCUUCAGCUCCGGGCCUGACCCCUUUGAAAAGGACAGUCGCGAACCGCUUAAACCGAUGGUUCAUGACAAAAAGGAGCUAAAUAAAGUCCUGAAGCAGGGUUUCUUGGCCAGUAAGGUUCCAGAAAACCUGGAUGCAAUAGUCAUCGGCAGUGGUAUUGGCGGACUUGGGGUUGCUGUGCUGUUGGCUAAAGUUGGAAAAAAAGUCCUGGUUCUGGAGCAGCAUGAUCGGGCUGGAGGAUGCUGCCACACGUUUACUGAGAAGGGCUUUGAGUUUGAUGUUGGAAUCCACUACAUCGGUGACCUGUUGGAUCACAAGCCUUUCCGCUGCAUGCUGGACCAGAUGACUAAUGGACAGCUGCAGUGGGAGCCCCUGGAGAACCCGUUUGACCAGGUUCUGCUGGGACCUCCAGAAAACCGCCGCCGCUACCCCAUCUACAGCGGCAGGAAUCGCUUCCCCGAGGAGCUGAAGAAGUGUUUCCCUGGAGAGGAGAAGGCCAUCGACGAGUACAUGAGGCUUGCCAAGAAAACCGGCCGAGGCAUUUGGUUCCUUGCCCUGCUGAAGCUCUGCCCUGUGCCCUUGGCCAAAUUCCUGAUCUACACCGGCCUCGUGAAGCAUCUGUCUUUCUUCUUCAAAAUGGCGUCGCGCAGCCUGACAGAUGUGGUCAAUGAGCUGACUGAGAACAAGGACCUCAGAGCUGUCUUCACCUACAUCUUUGGCACUUAUGGAAACAUGCCAAAAGACGCCAGCUUUGCCAUGCACAGUUUGUUGGUCACUCACUACCUGAAUGGUGCCUGGUACCCUAAGGGUGGGGCCGCUCAAAUUGCCUACCAUAUGAUUCCCAUCAUUGAGAAGGCCGGGGGGGCCGUUCUGGUUCGGGCCCCGGUCAACCGCAUCCUGUUCAACAGUGCCAAGGAGGCGUAUGGUGGGACAGCUUUCCUGGCUUUAUGGCACUGGGCUGAGACCCACGGCGGAGACACAUUCACAGCUUUUGCUUUUAUGCUUUCAGGUGUCAGCGUGCUGAAAGGUCAGGAGGAAAUACACGUCCAUGCUCCCAUGGUCAUCUCUAAUGCCGGGAUCUUCAACACUUAUGAGAGCCUGCUGCCCAAAGAGCUCCAGGCCCUGCCAGAUAUCCAGAAUCAGCUCAGCAUGGUGAAGCAUGGUGAGGGUGGCCUGAGUAUUUUCAUAGGUCUGAAUGGAUCCAAGGAGGAGCUGGGCCUGAAAGCAGACAACUACUGGAUAUUUACUGAGAACAAUUAUGACGAAUUGGUGGAGAAAUACAUGAAUGGAGAGAGGGAGGAGUCUUCCAGGAAAAUACCUCUGCUGUUUGUUGCCUCUCCGUCGGCUAAAGAUCCGACCUGGGAGCAGAGAUCACCCGGAAAGUCUACUUUAAGUCUGGUCAGCUUUGCCAACUAUGCCUGGUUUGAGGAGUGGAAGGACGGCAAAGUGACGAACAGAGGGCCCGACUACAAAGAUCUGAAGCAGGGCUUUAUUGAUUCUGCUCUCGAGGUGGUUCUGGACGCAUUCCCGAAGAUCACCAGAGACAAGAUUGAAUACAUCGACGCGGGCACCCCCAUCACUAACACUCACUAUAUCGGCGCCCCCAAAGGGGAGAUCUACGGAAUCGACCACGGCGUGGCUCGGUUCAGCCCCGAGCUCAGCUCUACAAUCAGACCUCAGACUCCGCUGAAGAACCUCUACCUGACAGGCCAGGACGUGUUCUUGUGCGGUUUCGCCGGAGCCCUGGCCGGAGCCCUCACCUGUGGAUCGGUCAUCCUCAACCGCAACCUCCAUCUGGACGCCAUCGCCCUGGCAAAGAGGACUAAACACCUUAACAACAAACUGAAAGGGGAAUAAUCUUAGAUCAGGGAAUGAGACGUAUGGUGCAACACUACAGCUGGCAGCCAUAGUGGCUGUUUACUCUGGACACACACACGUCUCCAGACUGCACUGGUUUGGUUAAACUAAAGUAAUAUGACUCACAAUGGGAACGUGUCAUUAAUAAUGCCAUCCAGCUUUUGCUUCUCUAAAUGCACUCACAUAGACCUAACUUCACUCAAAAGCGUUUGAGGUUGUUUGAUUUUCGGUGUGGCAUUUGUUUAAUGUUUUAUACUUCACCCUGUUGCCUUUUGGUUGCAAACAAUAAACUGGUUGUAACUUUCUCUUUGAAGUGUCCC